UGAAUGAGUAGCAGUCAGUGCUGCUGUCCACAUGCUCUUACAACAGCGUUAAAAGCAUACAAUAACCGUUUACGGUGAAUAGUUUGCUAUCGUUUGAAUCUCGGCAGCAACUGAACACCUGUUGUCAAGAUUGAAGGCCCUCACCAUGAGUUUUGUGGAGUACUCCGACUUCAUUCAGGAUGGAGACGUAGCCAUCGUCUACCUGAGCCAUGACAACAUGAUGCCAGUGAAGGUGCAACAGGGCGCCCAAACGCAGACGCGCUACGGGGUCAUCCGCCACUCCACAGACCUGAUAGGCAAGCGGUACGGGUCGAAGGUCACCUGCAGCAAAGGCGGGUGGGUCCACGUUCUUCACCCCACACCUGAGCUGUGGACGGUCACCCUGCCGCACCGUACGCAGAUCCUCUACACCACAGACAUCGCCACCAUCACCAUGAUGCUGGAUCUGAAGCCGGGGUCUGUCGUCUGCGAGUCAGGUACGGGCAGCGGCUCGCUCUCCCACGCCAUCCUGCGCACCAUCGCCCCCACGGGUCACCUGCACACGGUCGAGUUCCACCAGAAGCGGGCGGAGGCGGUGGCCGAGGAGUUCAAGGAGCACCGCGUGGAUCACCUGGUCACCGUCAGGAACCAGGAUGUGUGCAAGGACGGGUUCGGAGUGGCGGGCGUGGCGGACGCCGUCUUCCUGGACAUCCCCAGUCCCUGGGAGGCUGUGAGACACGCCAAGACUGCCAUGAAGAAGCACGGAGGUCGGGUCUGCUCCUUCUCGCCGUGCAUCGAGCAAGUUCAGAAGACUUGUGAGGCUCUGGCAGAUCACGGCUUUGAGGAGAUUAACACCUUGGAGAUCCUGCUGAGAGUCCACGACGUGCGAACCGUCUCUCUGCCGCUGCCAGACUUCGGCUCCGACGCCCCAUCUGAGAAACAACCUGAUCCCUCAGAGAAGGCGCCGGCUCCCAAACACACCGCUGCUACCAUAAAGACCACCACACCACCCAGAGAAAUACCCGGCCACACAGGCUACCUGACCUUCGCCACCAAACCAAGAACCUAGAACUGUUCAUGUUCACUACAAGUAAAGAGGAAGUGGUUUAUAAUCUGUAUUAUGUGCCAGGUUUUAGUAUGUUUUCCAGGCUUUAAAUCCAGCGAGGGGUACCAGGUUCCUCCAGGUCCCAGCUGGCACCACAGCGACAAGAGGAUUUACAGUUUUUAGUUACGUAACUUUGUGCUCCUGUCACUUGGCACCGGUUUGUUGCUUGCAUCAAGCAAGAGUGAAAAUAAAGGUCGACAGCAAUUUAAUUUGAGUAGAAUAUACUUAUACUUACUUAUACUGUGCAUAAUAACGGAGAAAGUGCCUCCCCUUUUUUAUAAAAACACUU